UUUAUAGUAUCGUAAUAAAUAAUGAAUGAUUAAAAAUAUAUUAUAGAAAAUACAUACGCAAGCGCAUCGGUUAAUGAAAUUUCAAGGUGAUUUUAAAUUAAGUAGUUGUGACAUUAUUAUCUACUUAAAUAAAAGAAAUGUCGCAAGCUUUUACAAACGGCUAUACAUCAUUGUUGAUUACAACGAGUAUUUGUAUAGGUAUAAAAAUGUAAUGAUGUUCAGUUAACAAGUUUUAGUGAAAGGUGAAAGCGCGCAAUGUUACGCGAACUUGAAAUUAAAAAUAACAGGUUAUGUACCGAGAAAAAUACCGCCAUAAUUGAUUGGAUAGAUUAUGUUAAUACAUCAAUCACAUACGAUGAAUUCUUUUCAAAAUAUAUAAACCUGAAUAAACCAUGUAUCUUUAAAUCAAACAUAACAGAAAAUUGGUCAUGUAGAAGACAGUGGAACCUGGAUGGUGCACCAGAUUUUGAUGUCCUUGAUAUAUUGUAUGGAAAUUGUGUGGUACCAGUCGCAGAUUGCAAUAAAAAGUAUUAUAAUUCCCAAUCCAAAGAUGAUAUGGAAAUGAAAGAUUACUUAAAUUACUGGACAGAAUAUGCAAAAAGUAAUUAUUCAGAUUCUAUGCCGCUUUUAUAUUUAAAAGAUUGGCAUUGUCCAAAAUUAUUUCCUAAUGCUCCAAUGUAUAAUGUCCCCGAAUAUUUUGCAUCUGAUUGGCUAAAUGAAUAUUAUAUCGCUAAUCCAGAAUUAAAUGAUGAUUAUCGAUUCGUGUAUAUGGGACCAAAAGGAACAUGGACACCGUUGCACGCUGAUGUAUUUGGAUCUUAUAGUUGGUCAGCGAAUAUAGUUGGGAGGAAACAUUGGUUACUCUUUCCUCCGGGUCAAGAAGACUUUUUGCGAGAUAUCCAUGGACAAUUAAUAUACGAUGCAACCUCUGACGAGCUUAAUGAUUAUACAAAAUAUAAAGCUUACGAUAAACGUGCAUUAAAGUAUAUCGAUGUGAUUCAAGCAGAAGGUGAAAUUAUGUUCGUACCAUCUGGAUGGCAUCAUCAAGUUUGGAACUUGGAAGACACAAUUUCUGUUAACCAUAACUGGAUCAACGGGUGUAAUAUUCUAAAUGUAUGGCAUGGUUUGAAAAAGGAAUUAUCCUCUGUAAUGAAAGAAGUUAACGAUUGCAAAGAUAUGCACGAUUGGGCAGAGCAGUGUCAACUAAUAUUAAAGUCGACAUACGGAAUGGAUUAUAGUCUGUUCUUCGAUUUCUUAACAUUUAUAGCUAAAAAACGAUUAAAUGUGUUUUCAAAUAAUGAGGAAGCAAUAAGCUUUAAUAAAUAUAAGUUUGGAAACAAUCAUUGCACGUUUGAUCUUCAUGCGAUAAAAUUAGUAUUAAUAGAUUUUAUCACGGAUAUGGAAGAGAAAUCUAUUUAUCAUUUAAUUUGUGACAAGAAUCAAGGUCAUAAACUGUUGAAUAAAAUUUUAUUACUUCUACAAUCCCAUUACGAUGCUGAAAAUAUUUCUACAUGAUCGAAAAACCGAAACUUUGAUUAAAAUAAAUGACCAAGAAAUAUCUCUAUUUAUAAUGUAAAUAG